UGUUGUUUUGAUGAAUAAUACUUGGUGGGGCGAGGGGGUAAGAGUAGGGGUGGAGGGGUAGGAGGAUUUACUCUUCCGUCCAGAGCAUCGCGAGUCCCGUCCUCCCCCUCCCCCCUGCCCGGGCUCCGGCGUGGAGGCGGGGCGUGGCCGGCCUGCUUUGGGAGGGGAGGGGCUUCCCUCUUCAGUGCUGGGCUCUGCCUCGGCGGCUCUGGGGUCGCCUUACCUCGGGGCAUCCGUUCUGUAGUCCAACAGUUCCCGCCAGGGGCAAAGGGUAGGAAGGAGAGCAGGAUCUGCUGGAGGAAGCACACCUGCCGUGCCACCACCGCGAAGACACAGCAGGCUCAGGGCACGAGACGAGCUGGAGAGCCGAGUCCCUGGUCCGGGUAACCUGGGAAGCAGAGGGCAAUAGUGGCGCCUUAAGAUAACCCUGUAGCAGCAGCAGUGGCGGCCAAAGGAGGCUCCUCGGGGCACAAGCGGCUGUAGGAGUCUCUGGGGCGAUUGGAGUGACCGACGCCAGGGCGGUUCAGUGCCUCUCGUGUUCUUAUUUUUUAACCUCUGACUAUGCAAUUCUGAAACCUCCCCCGUUCGGGGGACCAGACAGCCCGAUAGACACCUUCCACCCUCCUCCCGCCCUGGUCACAAGAACAGAAGGAUCUCUCCCUAACGCCUUUCACCAUUAAGAGAAAAGCGAUGGAGGAGCUGAGCGCUGAUGAGAUCCGACGGAGGCGCCUCGCACGACUUGCUGGUGGACAGACCUCCCAGCCCACCACCCCGCUCACCUCGCCCCAGAGGGAGAACCCGCUGGGGCCUCCCAUAGCAGCAUCAGCCCCGGGCCCCUCCCAGAGCCUUGGUCUCAAUGUCCACAACAUGACCCCAGCUACCUCCCCAAUAGGUGCAUCAGGAGUAGCUCAUCGAAGCCAGAGCAGUGAAGGAGUCAGUUCUCUCAGCAGCUCGCCCUCCAAUAGCCUUGAAACCCAAUCUCAGUCUCUCUCACGUUCCCAGAGCAUGGAUAUCGAUGGUGUCUCUUGUGAAAAAAGCAUGUCCCAGGUGGAUGUGGAUUCAGGAAUCGAAAAUAUGGAGGUUGAUGAAAACGAUCGGAGAGAAAAAAGGAGCGUCAGCGAUAAGGAGCCUUCAUCGGGUUCUGAAGUGUCCGAAGAACAGGCCUUACAGCUGGUCUGUAAGAUCUUUCGUGUCUCCUGGAAGGACCGGGACAGAGACGUAUUCCUUUCUUCUCUUUCUGCACAAUUUAAGCAGAACCCAAAAGAAGUGUUCUCCGAUUUUAAGGACUUGAUUGGCCAGAUUUUAAUGGAAGUGCUAAUGAUGUCUACCCAGACUAGAGAUGAAAAUCCAUUUGCCAGUCUGACGGCCACAUCGCAGCCAAUUGCGGCGGCUCGGUCCCCGGACAGAAAUCUCCUGCUAACUACCGGCUCCAACCCAGGAGCGAGCCCCAAUGUUCUGCGGUUCUGGGGCUCCUUCGGUGCCAGCAACUGCUCUAGCCUCUAUGAAACGAGCCCCGCUCCCAGUACGAGUUUCUGGAGCUCGGUGCCGGUGCGAGGCCCGUCCGUUGCCUCGUCCCCUUGCCGUGCAGCCAGCCAGCCGGCUGCGCCUUCCGUUACCCUCAGUCCCCACGGGGCGGCUUCGGGGGCCGCCGCGGGGAGCCAGCCCUCCUCUCCGUAUCGCCCCUACACGGUCGCCCACCCGUGGGGGCCUUCCGCUUCUGCCCCGCGGUCCCCAGGCAUCUCCACUCUGUCCAGCUCGCCCGGCCGCCCUGCCCUCGCUAGUAGCCCUCAAGCAGUGCCUGCCAGCUCUCCCAGCCAGAGACCCUCCAGCCUGGGCCCACCUUUACUGGCCGCCUCGCCCAGUGCCGCGAGCAGACGCCCCUCAUCCCUAAGGACCUCUCCUAGCAUGCACGACAAUCCUUUCUCCUUCCUCUUCCUCGCGCUUUCUGGCGACAGUAGUGAUGACGAUGAAGAAGAUGAUGAUGAUGGUGAUGAUGGUGAUGAUGAAGGUGGUGGUGGUGGUGAUGAGUUUUCUUGUGUCCAGUUUGGGUCCAGUUUGGGAGCCUCUGGUGGGACAGGUACUUGGGAUUCCUACAGUGACCAUUUCACCAUCGAGACCUGCAAGGAGACAGACAUGCUGAACUACCUCAUCGAGUGUUUUGACCGAGUUGUAGAGGAAAAAAAAGCACCAAAGAUGUGCAGCCAGCCAGCGGUCAGCCAGCUUCUGAGCAACAUCCGCUCACAGUGCAUAUCCCACACCGCGCUAGUUCUACAAGGUUCCCUCACACAGCCAAGGUCCGUGCUCCAGCCGUCCUUCCUGGUGCCGUAUAUGCUGUGCCGGAAUCUCCCGUAUGGCUUCAUGCAGGAGCUGGUGAGAACCACUCACCAGGAUGAAGAAGUGUUCAAGCAGAUCUUUAUCCCCAUUUUACAAGGCCUGGCUCUCGCUGCCAAAGAGUGCUCCCUCGAUAGUGACUACUUUAAAUACCCCCUCAUGGCUUUAGGCGAGCUCUGUGAAACCAAGUUUGGGAAGACACACCCUGUGUGCAAUUUGGUUGCCUCUUUGCCGUUGUGGUUGCCUAAAUCCUUAAGCCCUGGCUCUGGGCGGGAGCUGCAGAGACUCUCUUACUUGGGGGCUUUCUUCAGUUUCUCAGUCUUUGCAGAAGAUGAUGCUAAGGUGGUUGAGAAAUAUUUCUCAGGGCCUGCCAUUACCCUGGAAAACACUCGCGUGGUUAGCCAAUCACUGCAGCACUACUUGGAGCUGGGAAGGCAAGAGCUCUUCAAGAUUCUGCAUAGUAUUUUGUUAAAUGGUGAAACCCGCGAGGCGGCUCUCGGGUACAUGGCAGCUGUGGUCAAUGCCAAUAUGAAGAAAGCGCAGAUGCAGACAGAUGAUAGAUUGGUAUCUACAGAUGGAUUCAUGCUGAAUUUCCUUUGGGUGCUGCAGCAGCUAAGUACAAAGAUCAAGUUAGAGACGGUGGAUCCCACGUAUAUAUUCCACCCAAGGUGUCGGAUUACUCUUCCUAAUGACGAGACGAGAGUGAACGCGACUAUGGAGGAUGUGAACGACUGGCUGGCUGAACUUUAUGGAGAUCAGCCUCCAUUUUCUGAGCCGAAAUUCCCUACGGAAUGCUUUUUUCUUACCCUGCACGCCCACCACCUCUCUAUUCUGCCAAGUUGCCGUCGCUACAUCCGCAGACUCCGGGCCAUCCGGGAGCUCAAUAGAACCGUGGAAGAUUUGAAAAAUAACGAAAGCCAAUGGAAAGACUCCCCGCUGGCCACUAGACACCGCGAAAUGCUGAAGCGCUGCAAGACCCAGCUUAAGAAACUGGUACGGUGCAAGGCCUGUGCUGACGCUGGUUUACUUGACGAGAGCUUUCUGAGAAGAUGUCUGAAUUUUUACGGCCUUCUCAUCCAGCUGCUUCUCCGUAUCCUGGACCCCGCCUAUCCCGACAUAACACUGCCUUUAAAUUCAGAUGUCCCCAAGGUUUUUGCAGCAUUGCCUGAGUUUUAUGUAGAAGAUGUUGCUGAAUUUUUAUUUUUUAUUGUACAAUACUCUCCUCAGGUGCUUUAUGAGCCCUGUACUCAGGACAUUGUGAUGUUCCUCGUUGUGAUGUUGUGUAACCAGAACUAUAUCCGAAAUCCAUAUCUGGUGGCCAAACUAGUAGAAGUCAUGUUUAUGACCAACCCUGCUGUUCAGCCACGAACCCAGAUUUUUGAAAUGAUUGAAAACCAUCCUCUCUCCACCAAAUUGUUGGUCCCUUCACUGAUGAAGUUUUAUACAGAUGUGGAGCAUACCGGAGCCACCAGCGAGUUCUACGACAAGUUUACCAUUCGCUAUCACAUUAGCAAUUUCAAGAGCCUUUGGCAAAACAUAGCUCACCAUGGCACCUUCAUGGAGGAAUUCAAUUUCGGGAAGCAGUUUGUGCGCUACAUAAACAUGCUGAUAAAUGACACGACGUUUUUGCUCGAUGAAAGUCUGGAGUCUCUGAAGCGGAUCCAUGAAGUGCAAGAAGAGAUGAAGAACAACCAGUGGGACCAGCUGCCCCGGGAUCAGCAACAAGCCCGUCAGUCCCAGCUUGCUCAGGACGAACGUGUUUCACGCUCCUAUCUCGCCCUGGCAACAGAAACCGUGGACAUGUUCCAUAUCCUCACCAAGCAGGUCCAGCCAUUCCUCAGACCGGAGCUGGGACCCCGACUGGCUGCAAUGCUCAACUUUAAUCUUCAGCAACUCUGUGGCCAGUGCCGGGACCUGAAAGUAGAAAACCCUGAGAAAUACGGCUGACCAAAGAAGCUGUUGGACCAACUGACAGAUAUUUACCUGCAGCGGGACUGUGCCCGGGUCGCCAAAAGCUUGACUGACGACCAGAGAUCCUACAGCAAAGAGCUGUUUGAGGAAGUGAUCUCGAAGAUGCGGAAGGCAGGGAUCAAAUCCACAAUAGCGAUCGAGAAGUUUAAACUCCUAGCUGAGAAGGUGGAGGAGAUAGUAGCCAAGAACGCACGCGCAGAAAUCGACUACAGCGACGCCCCAGACGAGUUCAGAGACCCUCUGAUGGACACCCUGAUGACCGACCCGGUGCGGCUGCCCUCCGGCACCAUCAUGGACCGCUCCAUCAUCCUGCGGCACCUGCUCAACUCCCCUACGGACCCCUUCAACCGCCAGAUGCUGACAGAGAGCAUGCUGGAACCAGUGCCAGAACUGAAAGAACAGAUUCACGCCUGGAUGAGAGAGAAACAGAACAGCGAUCAUUAAACCGCCCCCCGUGCCCACCCUCUGCUCGAGGCCAAGGCCAGCCAGGCAAGCAGAAGCAGCGUCGGUGGCGGAUAUGCUGUUCAGAUGUUGGAGGCCCAGCGCGG